CGACCGUUCGUCCACUCCGGUGGCCUGGCCUGGAUGGCGUCUCCCCCGCCUUUCGAUAUCUGCGACGACCUCGACGACGACGACGAACCCGCAACCGCCACCCCCGCUGAUCGCCAUCCCAAACCCGCCGCCCCCACGCCCAACGGCCUCAACGACCGCCUCCUCCGCCUCACCCAAAACCCUAACCCUAACCCGCCGCCUCCAGAAGCUCCUGCCCAAGAAGCCCGGAAGGUCAAGCUCGCCGGCCACCGCCGCCUAUGCAAGCUCGCCGCCUCCGCCUCCACAACAGCCCAGGAAGAGCAGGACGACGACUACAGCAUCCGCGACAUACUAGACGAUCUCACCACCCGCCUCGACUCUCUAUCUGUCCACAAGCACAACCCCGCAAGGCCGACACUGCAGCAGCUCGCCCCCCUGCCGUGCGCCGUCGCCACGGACCCAGAUGAAGACCACGGGAACGCCUCCUCGCCCCUUCAAGUUUCUAGCUCCGAUGAAGCUGCGACGGUCAUCACCAGUGGUGCUAAUAAGCUCCAACCAGCACAACCUACUUCAGUCACCUCAGCUUUUACUGCUCAUGCCCUCGAGGAGGUCCACGACAAGGGGGUGAACAGAGGUACCAACAAUAGGGGGAGAAAUAGGGUAUCAAAGGCUUCAUCCUUUGUGGAUUCUGAUGUUGAUGAUUCUGAUUAUGACGACGGUGAGGAGGAAGGGACAGCAACAGCUUAUGCUGUUAAGCAUAUAAGAAGGAAGGCAUUGACAAGGAGGGCGCCUAAGGCCUCGUCAUUCAGGAAUUAUGACGACGACGAUGGCAACCUGGGGAAGGAGAAGGAAAACCGUGGAGUUGUUGAGAAUGAUGCUGAGGAUGUUGGCUGGGAGAAGACGGAGGACUUCAAGAUGGAGCCCACUGGAAGUGCUGCAACAUACAGUCCCUACAAGCUCCCAGGAAGGAUAUUCAAGAUGCUUUACCCCCACCAGCGUGAGGGCCUCCAAUGGCUUUGGGUUCUGCACUGCAGGGGAACCGGAGGGAUCCUCGGUGAUGACAUGGGCCUUGGCAAGACCAUGCAGGUUUCUGCAUUCUUGGCUGGAUUGUUUCAUUCUCGUCUAGUAAAGAGAGUACUCGUUGUUGCCCCAAAGACACUUCUAGCUCAUUGGACCAAGGAGCUUUUGGUUGUGGGCCUUAAAGAGAAGAUCAGAGACUACUCUGGCCCUAGCACAAAUAUCCGCAAUUGUGAGCUUCAGUAUGCUUUCAAGGAGGGUGGUAUUCUCCUAACAACCUAUGACAUUGUCCGGAACAAUUACAAGCUGAUAAGAGGUAACUCCUACAGCAAUGAUUACAACGAUGAGGAUGAAACAUUGUGGAAUUACGUCAUUCUUGAUGAAGGGCAUCUUAUUAAAAACAAUAAGACACAAAGAGCCCAAAGUUUAUUUGAAAUACCUUGUAUCCAUCGCAUUGUCAUCAGUGGAACACCUAUACAGAACAACUUGAAGGAAAUGUGGGCUCUUUUUAAUUUCUGUUGCCCAGAUGUCUUGGGUGAUAAACAACAGUUCAAAACAAUGUAUGAGAUGGCUAUCCUUCGAGGAAAUGACAAGAAUGCUACCGCUCGAGAGAAGCACAUUGGCUCAAAUGUAGCAAAGGAAUUAAGAGAACGGAUCAAGCCAUACUUUUUGCGACGCAUGAAAACUGAAGUUUUCCUUGAUAGCGGCACAUCAGAAGAAAAAACUCUAUCCAAGAAGAAUGAGUUAAUAAUUUGGCUGAAGUUAACAGCUUGCCAGAGGCAAUUAUAUGAAGCUUUUCUAAAAAGUGAAUUAGUUCAUUUAGCAUUACAGCCAAAGGGUUCACCCUUGGCCGCAAUCACAAUAUUGAAGAAAAUAUGUGAUCACCCACUGCUAUUGACUAAGAAAGCUGCUGAGGGUGUCUUGGAAGGGAUGGAUGAAAUGUUAAAUGAUCAGGACAUGGGAAUGGUUGAAAGAAUGGCCAUGAACCUUGCAGAUAUGGCUCAUGAUGAUGAUGCGCUGCAAGUUGGUCAGGAUGUUUCAUGCAAGUUAUCUUUCAUCAUGUCCUUGUUGCGGAACCUUGUUGAAGAGGGGCAUCAUGUUUUAAUCUUUUCGCAGACUCGUAAAAUGCUAAACCUUAUUCAGGAAGCCAUAUUAUUAGAGGGCUACAAGUUUUUGCGCAUUGAUGGUACCACCAAGGUUUCUGAGAGGGAAAGAAUUGUGAAGGACUUCCAAGAGGGUCGUGGAGCUCCAAUAUUUUUGCUAACCACACAAGUUGGUGGACUUGGACUUACACUCACUAAAGCGGCUCGUGUCAUAGUAGUUGAUCCUGCUUGGAACCCAAGUACAGACAAUCAAAGUGUUGAUCGCGCUUAUCGAAUUGGGCAGACCAAGGAUGUGAUUGUAUACCGCUUGAUGACAUCUGCAACCAUUGAAGAAAAGAUAUACAAAUUACAGGUCUUCAAGGGAGCUCUGUUCAGGACAGCUACAGAGCAAAAAGAACAAACACGUUACUUCAGCAAGAAUGAGGUUCAAGAGCUUUUUAGUUUACCACAACAAGGUUUUGAUGUUUCUCUUACGCAUAAGCAGUUGCAAGAAGAGCAUGGUCAACAAGUUGUUAUGGAUGAGUCUUUGAGGAAGCAUAUACUGUUUUUGGAGCAACAAGGAAUAGCUGGUGUGAGCCAUCACAGCCUCCUAUUCUCUAAAACAGCAAUCCUGCCCACAUUGAAUGAGAACGAUACACUGUACAGCAAACCUCGAGCCAUGCCCAUGAUGUCCCAGAACUAUUAUAAGGGAUCCUCAUCUGACUAUAUUGCCAAUGGGGCGGCUCUUGCGUACAAGCCAAAAGAUGAACAAUUCACUGCCCGGAGGUACUGUCCAAGCAACAGAGCAGAGAGUCCUGAAGACAUCAAGGCGAGAAUCAACCGCCUUUCGCAGACCCUCUCCAACGUGGCGAUGGUGUCGAAGCUACCUGACCGUGGGGAGAAGAUAAGGAGGCAGAUUAGUGAGCUGGAUGAAAAGCUGACGGUGAUCGAGUCUUCUGCGGAGGAGAGAGGGGCCACCGAGGUGAUCUGCUUGGAUGAUCUCAGCGAUGAUCUCGGCGAGGGUACGAGGGGUAUGUAGUGUUUUGAAGCACGCAGACGCAGCAGCAUUGCGUUCAUGUUGCUACUUAUUAUUAGUCACUGUGUUGUGACUGACGACUCCUUUCCCCUAGUAUUGUUUUGCUCCCGGCCGGCUUUCACUAGGACGUCGAGUCGAGUAUUUCGUAGGAGUCAUAUGGAAAACCUGGUGGCAUCACGCAAUUCUAAGCUUAAUUGUCUGUUUGCUGAAUUAGGGCGUCGAGGAUAGAAUUUGCAAAUACUUGACUUUCCAGGGCGAUGAGGAUAGAUUGUAUCUGCGAAGGUCAGGGCAAGGCAAACCUGUUAGUCCUAUCCUAUUAUAAAGAAACUAAACUCAUAGCUGUAUCA